UGGCCGAACAGCUAUUACUCCCACGCGACCGAGAUUAUUUGAAGGAGAUGGGGAGUGGCAGCGUGGCUAGUGAGCUCUUCGAUCAUGCCUUCUUGAGUUUGCAGAAAGCCGCCUUCCUCAUGGAGAGGACUGUUGCUAUGGAGGCGGAGCUUAGCGAGUUGAGGGCCGAGCGGGAGAACUGGAAGGGAGAGAUGACGGCUGUCAAGAAGACGCGUGAUGAGGCCCGUCAGGUUGUAAAGAAGUUGGAGUCUGCCAAGUUGGAAGAUGCUCGCCGGCUGGAGCGGGCUGUAGCGGACUGCAAGGAACUCGAAGCCAAAGUUGUUGCGUUGGAGCAACAAGUACUUUAUAAAAGCUGUGAGACAGAGGUUCGAGUUCGGGGCGAGAUGGCCUUGGCGUAUCUCGAGAAUCAGCCCCCCAAGACUUGGGAUGUCCAACAAUACAUCGAUGAGUUUAAUGAGUGGAAGGCUGGCCAGGAGGAGCAGGAGAUGCAGCUUGCAAGCAACUUUGCCGGGAUGACCACUGGAGACGACCAUCCUUAGACGGGGAAGCGACUUC